GGGCGGGGGCCCCCAGAGCGGUCUCUAGGACCCGCGGGACGCCGCAGGCGGGCGGGGUGCGGGGGAGACGCUAAUUUGUUCCGAGGUAAUGAGAACGGCGACUGCUGGCCGCGGAUCCAUUGCACAGGCCCGCCCUCAGAUCGCGGGUCCCCGGCGCCAACUCGGACAGGCUGCUCAUUUAUUGCAACGGUCAAGGGCGGCUCGUGCCAGAGUAUCGCGCGCGCGCACGCACACACACGGGGAGGGGAGAAAGUUUUUUUUUUGAAAAAUGAAAGGCUAGACUCUCUGCUCCGCGGCCGGGGCGUUGCGCGUGGGGGUCGCGGCAGACUCAGGGCAGUAGGACGUCCCCCGGCACUGCGCCCGCGUGGGAUGCUGCGGCGCUGGCUGCUGGGCCCCCGAAGCAGCUGCAGGCCAGGCCGGCGACAAUGGCAGAGCGCCCGCCGCGGCGCGCGCCCCCCGCCCGCGCCCUCCUGUUGGCCCUGGCCGGGGCCCUGCUGGCGCCCCAUGCGGCCCGAGGGAUGAAUUUGUGGGACCAGAGAGGAGCAUAUGAAGUGGCCACAGCCUCCCUUCUGAGCAAGGACCCUGGGAUUCCAGGACAGAACUUCCCAGAAAAGGAUCAUCCAGAUGUGUUGACUGUGCAGCUGCAGCUGGAGAGUCGAGAACUGAUCCUAAGUCUGGAAAGGAAUGAGGGGCUCAUUGCCAAUGGCUUCAUGGAGACCCAUUAUCUGCAGGAUGGUACUGACGUCUCCCUCACUCGAAAUUACACGGAUCACUGUUACUACCAUGGACACGUGCAAGGAGAUGCUGCUUCAGUGGUCAGCAUCAGCACUUGCUCUGGUCUCAGGGGACUUAUUGUGUUUGAGAAUAAAACCUACAUCUUAGAACCGAUGAAAAACACCACCGACGGCUACAAACUGGUCCCCGCUGAGAACAUGAAGAACACCCAGGGAUUGUGUGGGUCACAUCAUAACCAGUCCAACCUCAUCAUGGAUCUCUCCCCUGAACCCUCUCAGAUGUGGUCAAGAAGGCAUAAAAGAGAGACCCUUAAGAUGACCAAGUAUGUGGAGCUGGUUAUUGUGGCAGACAACCGAGAGUUUCAGAGGCAAGGAAAAGAUCUGGAGAAAGUAAAGCAGCGGUUAAUAGAGAUUGCUAAUCACGUUGACAAGUUUUACAGACCACUGAACAUCCGGAUCGUUCUAGUAGGGGUAGAAGUGUGGAAUGACAUUGACAAAUGCUCAAUAAGCCAGGACCCAUUCACCAGUCUCCAUGAAUUUCUGGACUGGAGGAAGAUAAAGCUUCUACCUCGCAAAUCCCACGACAAUGCUCAGCUUAUCAGUGGGGUCUAUUUCCAAGGGACCACCAUCGGCAUGGCACCCAUCAUGAGCAUGUGUACUGCAGAGCAGUCUGGAGGCGUUGUCAUGGACCAUUCAGACAGCCCCCUUGGUGCUGCUGUGACCUUGGCACAUGAGCUGGGCCACAAUUUCGGAAUGAACCAUGACACACUGGAGAGGGGCUGCAGCUGCAGGAUGGCUGCCGAGAAAGGAGGGUGCAUCAUGAACCCUUCCACGGGGUUCCCAUUCCCCAUGGUGUUCAGCAGCUGUAGCAGGAAGGACCUGGAGGCUAGCCUGGAGAAGGGAAUGGGGAUGUGCCUCUUCAACCUGCCAGAGGUCAAGCAGGCCUUUGGGGGCCGGAAGUGUGGAAAUGGCUACGUGGAAGAGGGAGAAGAGUGUGACUGCGGGGAACCAGAGGAAUGUACCAAUCGCUGCUGUAACGCCACCACCUGCACUCUGAAGCCAGAUGCUGUGUGUGCACAUGGGCAGUGCUGUGAAGACUGCCAGCUGAAGCCUCCAGGAACCUCAUGCAGGCCCUCCAGCAACUCCUGUGACCUUCCAGAAUUCUGCACAGGGACUGCCCCUCACUGCCCAGCCAAUGUGUACCUACAUGAUGGGCACCCAUGUCAGGGAGUGGAUGGUUACUGCUACAACGGCAUCUGCCAGACCCAUGAGCAACAGUGUGUCACGCUCUGGGGACCAGGUGCUAAACCAGCCCCUGGCAUCUGCUUUGAGAGAGUCAACUCUGCAGGAGAUCCUUAUGGCAACUGUGGCAAAGACUCCAAGAGCUCCUUCGCCAAAUGUGAGAUGAGGGAUGCCAAGUGUGGAAAAAUCCAGUGUCAAGGUGGUGCCAGCCGACCAGUCAUUGGUACCAAUGCAGUUUCCAUAGAAACAAAUAUCCCACAGCAGGAAGGAGGUCGGAUUCUGUGCCGGGGGACCCAUGUGUACUUGGGCGAUGACAUGCCAGACCCAGGGCUUGUGCUUUCGGGAACAAAGUGUGCUGAAGGAAAAAUCUGCCUCAAUCGUCGAUGUCAGAAUGUCAGUGUUUUUGGAGUUCACAAGUGUGUGAUGCAGUGCCAUGGCCGAGGGGUGUGUAACAACAGGAAAAAUUGCCACUGUGAGGCCCACUGGGCCCCUCCCUUCUGUGACAAGUUUGGCUUUGGAGGAAGCACAGAUAGUGGUCCCAUCCGACAAGCAGAUAACCAGGGCUUGACUGUAGGAAUCCUGGUGAGCAUCCUGUGCCUGCUGGCCACUGGAUUUGUGGUAUAUCUCAAAAGGAAGACCUUGAUGCGGCUGCUGUUCACACAUAAGAAAACCACCAUAGAAAAGCUGAGGUGUGUACAUCCUUCCCGGAUACCCAGUGGCUCUCACCUUGGCCAGACUCACUCCACCUUUGGAAAAGGCCUGCUGAUGAGCCGGCCACCACAUUCCAACACCCCAAAGGAAAGGCGGUCCCUGCAAUGCCAGAACAUCGACAUCAGCAGGCCCCUCAACACUCGAGCCAUCCCUCAGCCCCAGUCACCUCAGCGAGUGCUCCCACCUCUCCACCAGGCCCCACGUGCACCCAGUGGCCCUGCCAGGCCCCUGCCUGCCAAUCCUGCACUCAGGCAGGCCCAGGGCACCCACAAGCCCAGCCCUCCUCAGAAGCCUCUGCCUGCUGAUCCUUUGAGCAGGACAUCUCGGCUCACUAGUGCCUUGGUGAGGACCCCAGGGCAGCAGGAGCCCGGCCUUCGUCCAGCCCCUAACAGACCUGCUCCCAAGCAUCAAGUGCCUAGAUCUUCCCACAAUGCCUACAUCAAGUGACAAGCAAGACCAGACUGGUCCUCAGCAGUGAAGACAGAAGUUUGCACUAUCGUCAACUCCAGCGGAGUGAUUUUUUUUUUUUUUUUUUUGUACCAACUUUCAGAAUUUUUAAAAGUGUUUAAAACGCCAUUGUUUCCAGAACUUUGAGCUACUGCUGUUGGUGCUGUGCUGUGGUGCUUUGUGUCCUUGCUCAGGUACUUGUAAGUUAUUAAUUUAUGCAAAGUGUCUAUUACUGCGCAGGGCGCCGUAGCAGGCAUUUGUACCAUCAUGGGUUUUUUUGUUUUUUGUUUUUUGUUUUUUUUUUUUUUUUUUUUCCCCAGAAGGCUUCUUGUGCUUUUCUUCUUCUGUUGGACUUGAAAUAUCCUGCUUGAUGGGAUCCAAGACAAAAAUGUUUACUUUCUGUUUGAGGCCUUAUUGGAAAACAGCUCUCCCAACUCCCAAGGCUGUGUUAUAGCACCAGACACACAGCUCAGGAGACCCCAAGCAGAACUGGAAUGGAUCUUUU